AUGUCUGCAGAAGAUAAGAGAAAUAAAUUCUUGGGAGUUUUCCCAGCCCUUGUGGAUGAAUUGAAGUCAAUCUUGUCCGGUUACGGCAUGACCGAAGAUGCCUUGAAAUGGUACGAGGACUCAUUGAAUUACAACACCCCUGGCGGGAAAUUGAACCGUGGACUAUCAGUGGUGGACACAUAUGCUAUCUUGAAAGGCAAAAAAUCUUAUGCUGACCUCUCUGACGAGGAAUAUUUCAAAUUGGCUAUUCUCGGAUGGUGCAUUGAGCUUUUGCAGGCAUAUUUCUUGGUGGCUGACGACAUGAUGGACAAGUCAAUCACAAGACGUGGACAACCAUGCUGGUACCGCGUUCCCGAAGUCGGUGAGAUUGCGAUCAACGAUGCGUUCAUGCUGGAAGGCGCCAUCUACUGUCUGUUGAAGAAGCAUUUCCGCUCAGAAUCGUACUACGUUGACUUGCUAGAGCUAUUCCACGAUGUCACGUUCCAGACUGAGCUGGGACAGCUUCUAGACUUGAUCACCGCCCCCGAGGACCGUGUUGACCUCGACAAAUUUUCGUUGGAAAGACACUCGUUCAUUGUGCGCUUCAAGACCGCGUACUAUUCGUUCUACUUGCCCGUGGCACUAGCAAUGUAUGCUGCCGGAAUUAACAGUGAGCAUGAUCUGCAACAGGCCCAAGCCGUUUUGAUCCCAUUGGGCGAGUACUUCCAGAUCCAGGACGACUUUUUGGACUGCUUUGGAAAACCAGAGGACAUUGGCAAGAUCGGCACCGACAUCCAAGACAACAAGUGCUCUUGGGUCAUCAACACUGCGCUCAAGCUAUGUUCCGCAGACCAACGUAAGGUUUUGGACGAAAACUACGGCAGAAAGGAUGCCGAAAGCGAGGCCCGCUGCAAGCACGUGUUCCACGAUUUGAAGAUCGAUUCAUUGUACUUGGAAUACGAAGAGAAAACCGCUCACGACCUCAGAAAUCUAAUCCAGAACACCGAUGAAUCUCGUGGGUUUAAGGCUCAAGUCCUCACUGCUUUCUUGGAAAAAGUCUACAAGAGAAAGAAAUGA